GCUCCGUUUGCUAAGAUCCUCCGCGGAAUGAGUUAUCGAUACGGACAGGGUUAUACGGGAGCAGGUGGUAACACUCCCCAGCACCACCCGCCUCCUGGGGCACCGUAUGGAGGUGGUCCCACUGGUGGACAGUAUGGUUCACCUUAUGGCGGUGCCCCUCCAGGGCAGCAGUAUGGUGGCGGGGCUCCAUACGGGUCUUAUGGUCAACCUGGUCCAAGAGCGCCGUAUGGUGGGGGCCAAGCUCCAGGUGGUCCUUACGGAGGUUAUGGACAACCCCAGGGUGGACCAUAUAGUCAGCAGGCACCUGCAGGUAACAUUCCUCCCGGUGUGAACCCUGAGGCUUACCAGUGGUUUUGUUCUGUGGAUUCAGAUCAUAGUGGCUACAUUAACGCAAAAGAACUGAAGCAAGCACUCAUGAAUUCCAACAACACCUCUUUCAAUGACGAAACCUGCAUGAUGAUGCUCAAUAUGUUUGACAAGACCAAUACCGGACGUGUAGAUGUAUUUGGUUUCUCUGCACUGUGGACGUUUCUGCAGCAGUGGAGGGCAGUAUUCCAACAGUUCGACCGCGACCGAUCCGGAUCAAUUAACAGCAAUGAGAUGCACCAGGGUGAGUAAAUUACAGGUCAGGAGAGAGACCCAAGAUAACAUGUUUGCAGUAAAGACCACAUGUUCACGCUAUGUCAACAGUCACCGUCACUAAGGACAGAUUCCAGCGUUCCCUGGUAAAAUUUACUGGCCAUAAAUACCAGUCA